GUUUCGCGAAAGUAAGGAUGAACUCCAAGCGUUUCCUCCCAUCUGCAAACUGGUGGAAAAGUGAAAGUAACCUAGUUUUUCCGCGUUUUCACUAACCCCGGGCAAUGAAUUCGUCGCAGUAAUUGCUGGUGAGCAGCACAGUACGGAUGGUGGUAUCAAUUAGUGCGGAAUUUGGAAGGUUUGGUUAGGAUUUGGCUUGACUACGAACAAAAGAAAUGAACAUCUCAAAAUGGCUACCGAAGCAGCACCACGAAGUGGUUAAACUUUUCGAUCAAACCAGAGCGCUGGAGCGGGAAUUUCGUGUGCUGGGCAAGAAAUUCGCCACGGACAUUAACCUGGAUCUGCCGGAUUAUUAUGAAUUUGAACGGUUGCUACAACAAAGCCGUCAGGACUUCGAACUAUCGGCACACAUACAAUUGCGGCUGAUACGGAUGUCGGCUGCAUCGGCAGACAAGAAUGCCGAGCGAAGUUUCUUCAAAAUCUUACUCAGCCGGAAGGCACAUCUCAUUCGAAUGAGCCUUCGCAAGCGACACUUCCAGUUGAUAUUCAUCAUCCAUAAAAUGGUUAAGCUAAUGCUUGGAUUGACGUACAGCUCGGAAGUGGUAAUCGACGGCGCCAUGCUCUUGUCUACGCUGCACAAUGAAAGUGUAGCCCUAGCGCUGAAGACGGCUCGAGCGAAAACCCAAGCCGGGGCACAAAUUUGCAGCAAUUCUUUCCCGGCUCUGAUGUCCACCCCAAGGAAAAUUGACAUUGGGACAAUACUACAGAUCAUCACGAAACAACGAUCGGAGCAAUGUUGUGCGACACUAAUCAACUGCCUUCUGGUGACGUGCAAGGGCGCCACCACGACCGCCAUCGAAGACAACGAAUCGGACACUUCAAGUGUGGAAAUUCUACGCACUCUGACUGCGAACUUCAACGAAGGGAACAAAACACAGGACCCUUUCCAGGAAGAGUACAACAAUAGACGAAAAAGCAGCAUCAAUCUUAUCGCCAGUGGCGAUAUGCAUAUUGGACAAGCAACGAAGCCUGUCGCCGUCACGCCGAUAGUGAAACCAGAAUCCAGAGAACCGGAUGAAUCGGAACAUAACGAUCCAGCCAUCAACUUUUUCGACGAAAUGGCUGCUGAAGCGGCCGCCUACAACUCAAUCAACUACUUGGUGAACGAACCGGAAGGAAUCGAUUUGUUGGAGAAUCUUAUCACAGACGAGGAAAUAUUCAUCGCCAACGUACUGAUGAAGGUUAUCAAACUCUGUCCAUCCGCUUUCGACAAAGAUUUAAACAAAUCCGAACUCAUCAAAUGGGUAAAUCGAGGAAACAGAGGCCUUUGGACGCAGGUAGGCGGGACACUCGAGCACGUUGUGCUAUGGUGGAGUAGUUCCCCGCUUGCGUGUAGACCGGCUGCCUGUACCAAAUACUUGCGCGACUGGUUGUCAUUGAUAACCUCAGAUGACGCUCCCGAGCCUAUACUGUCCAUGCUUAAGGGUCUGGGUGAAACCUUGACAGUGCACGUAAGCAGCACGAUCUGGGACAAGCAAUUCCGUCUGUCGAUUGUUUCCUCCAGUUUACCGGUAGAUUACCCUUUUGAUGAAUCAGAGUUUUUCAGCUCCUCUAUGACGAUCGAAGGAACCGUCUGCGGAAAGGUCUGGAGCGAACUUCUCUACCAGCUAGUACAGCUGUCCAACACCUGCGACAUUGGAACGAUCCCCAACGAACUGCCACUGGUCGAGCAGAUUCCGGUGCUUCAUCGACUCGAUCACUCGAUCCACUCGAUGCGAAUCUGGGCUGCCAAUAAGGCGCGAUCGCUGUGCACCGACUGGAACAUGAUGAUGUUCUUCAAGGUGGUUCACAACGAUAUUGGUCUCAGUCUGGAACAGCUGCAGUAUCUCCGUGUUCCGGAACUGGUAACACCGGACGCCCUAGAAGUGCAGGUUCAGGUAUGCGUCGCUCUCCGAGCGAAACUUGUGUCAGAAAUUAAGGAGAACAUUCGAAAGCUGAAGCAAACCGGUGCGGAGUGCAUCGAUGUGCUGGCAGCGGUGUGUAGAACUACGAGCCUGGCGUCGCUGACACUUUGUUUUCCCCACUUUCGCCAUUGGCAGUCCGAAAUGCUACAGGAAACUGCCAACGAGUAUGUGGCCUAUUUUUUCAACCAAGUGUACCUACCGGUCAUUGAGGCCACCAAGGAUCUGGACAUUUUGAAGCUAACCCUCAAAAUUAUCUGUGAGGCCUGGUUGGACCAUAUCUACAUGAAAAAGACCAAAUUCAGCAGCACAGGUGCGUUGAAUCUACUGAAAGAUUUCGAUGGAGUGGCUGACUGGAUCGUACAUUGUAAAUCGCUAGACAAAGCCCCCCGAGAAGUGCUAUCAACGCACGAAGUGCUACGGAUGUGCGAGGGUGUCGGGAAGCUUCUGCUGAGGAAACCGGACGAAACUAUUUCGAUUCUUCCCACUCCGAAGAGUGGUCGCAAAGGAGAAGAAACCAACGGGGAUGACAAAGCGCCAUUGCCACCGGAGAUGUUUGUUCCGAAUCAAAAGCGCUGGCUAGAGUUACGUGCAAGGGAUAAGAAGGCGAUGAGCUUGAAUUGUGCCUGCCUUUGUGCCGGUAUGGAUGUUUAUUGAACUUGUUGAUAUUGGACACUACAGUAGUUGCGCGGUUACAGUAUAUAACAAAUUUUAUCCGACAGUUGUUUUCUAUUUUAUCUAGUGUUUGUUAGCUUUUACGAAAAACAAACAAUGAGUCAU